AAUCAAUGCAUACUACUGCCACCAGGUGGCUGAUAAUUAAUGUAUACUACUGCCUCCUGGUGGCUGAUAGAGUAUGGUGCAAGUAACACUGUGUCUUGUCUUUGCAGCAGGGAACAUGAUACAAGAGCUGAUUCAGAUACUAGGAGACUCUCACAAACUGAGCCGACCAGCCCUGCAUCUACUACUCCAGCCUCACCUGACACAACUCAGCCUCCGACCCUGCGCCGGCCUCAUCAAUAACAACCUCAUUCAGCUAGUGAGUGUGCGCUGCAAGGUGAGUGUGUACUCCUGCUUGCUCUAUAUAAACCUGUCUCUCUAUAACUCCAACUGCUGACUCUAUGUAGUGAGUAAUGCAAUAAGAGUACAAUACCUAUAGAUAUAUUAUAGUUCAUAUACUGCCCCCACAGACACUAUAUACAGCUCUCCUUCCAUACACUGCCACCACUGACACUAUAUACAGCUCUCCUUCCAUACACUGCCCCCCACUGACACUAUAUACAGCUCUCCUUCCAUACACUGUUCCCACUGACACUAUAUACAGCUCUCCUUCCAUAUACUGCCCCCCACUGACACUAUAUACAGCUCUCCUUCCAUACACUGCCCCCACUGACACUAUAUACAGCUCUCCUUCUGUAUACUGCCCCCACUGACACUAUAUACAGCUCUCCUUCCAUACACUGUUCCCACUGACACUAUAUACAGCUCUCCUUCCAUAUACUGCCCCCACUGACACUAUAUACAGCUCUCCUUCCGUAUACUGCCCCCACUGACACUAUAUACAGCUCUCCUUCCUUAUACUGCCCACACUGACACUAUAUACAGCUCUCCUUCCAUAUACUGCCCCCACUGACACUAUAUACAGCUCUCCUUCCAUAUACUGCCCCCACUGACACUAUAUACAGAUCUCCUUCAUAUACUGCCCCACUGACACUAUAUACAGCUCUCCUGAUACCGCCCCCACUGACAUAUACAGCUCUCCUUCCGCAUACUGACACUAUAUACAGCUCUCCUUCCAUAUACUGCCCCCCACUGACACUAUAUACAGCUCUCCUUCCGUAUACUGCCCCCCACUGACACUAUAUACAGCUCUCCUUCCGUAUACUGCCCCCACUGACACUAUAUACAGCUCUCCUUCCAUACACUGCCCCCACUGACACUAUAUACAGCUCUCCUUCUUUCCCCUUUCCCUUGUUUUUCCAUGCUCUAACUCUGCUCCCUGUUUUUAACAGUUUCUCACGUCAUUGGAUCUGCACUCCUGCCAUCGCGUGUGCCCUCCAUUUCUCGCUCAGCUGGUGGAAGGAUUGCCCCGUCUUGUGAAAGUCUGCCUGUCAGACACUCAGUGUGAUACUUCUGUUCUAUCCUCUCUCAGCAUGUCCUGUCAGAGACUAUGUGAACUGGACAUUUCCCACUGCAAGAAGCUGACGCCAUCUUCCCUGCUAUGUCUGGGAUACAGCACGAAAUCUGGCACUUACUGCUGCCAAGCUCUGCGGGUGCUGCUUGUGCAGGACUUUAAGACCCAUAAUUCCCAGGAGAAGUGGGUGCAUGCACUGACCUUCCUGCUGUUGGCUCUACCCAAUCUUGAGCAGCUUUCUAACCCGCUGCUCCCUGAUGCUUUGCGCCUCAUCCAUGGCCACCAUUUCAACUUGGCUGCUACCAAUCCUGGUGGCUUCCCUUCACUGGUGGAGCUGGCAAAUACCAGAAGAGCUGCUGCUAAGUGUAAUGGACUCUCCAAUGUACCAUACCAGCUUAAAGUAGUUAGUGACCCAGGGGAAGGGAUGACUGAAAGGAGAGUUACAGGAGAUGGCUUCAUCCUACAGUUAAAGAGACUUGAGGACUUACAGGAGGAGGAUGUGCUUACAGUUGGGUGUAUGUGUCCAGGAGUGGAGGAGAUGGCCAUCUUACUUGGAAAUCAGUCCCAUUUGGGAUGGAGCCUUCUUCAGUGGCCAUCCCUCACCCACCUUACUUUGCAUAGCUCUGAUCACCCCAGCCGGACGUUAGAAGAAUUGCUGCCUUUACUGACUACUUCUGGAGAGAGGUUUCAUUUCCUUUCCAUUCAGAAUGUGCUGUGGAAUGAUGGACGGUCACUCCAGGACUUACUGACCAGGUGUCCAAAUCUCCAUACAUUCCAGGCUCAUUUCAUGCCCAGAUGUUGUGCUGUUGUGCUGGACAAUGAAGCUGAUGUAGAGCUGCCUCCCGUGGGGGAAGAUAUGAUUCCACUACCCAAGUUGCAGAAUUUUACUCUGUUUUUGGAAGAGGGGGAUCUUUUGCACCACCACUUUAAGAACACCAUCGGUCGAUCCUUGGUGUAUCUCUUGCGUGGUAGCUUAAAACUUGAAACCCUGUUUCUUUGUGGGGUUCCAUAUAAAUUGGAUCUGGUGUUUGAAACCAUUUUAGUAUCCACAACUCCUCCCCUCCCCAGAUUAAAGGCUGUGUCCCUAUGUCAAAGUAAUGUGACACCAUGGGGUGUAUCUCUGCUCCUAAGAUUAGGUAACACGCUAAAAACGGUAGACCUGUCCCACUGCCGAGAUGUCACAUGCAGAGAUCACCACAGACUUCAGGAAAGAGUGCGAAAGGAACGCCUGGAUAUUAACAUCAAAUGGCAGUGACCAACAUUGAUCAAGGCUGCUCAUGGUGGGACACAAUCUGGUGUCUUUUUACUAAAAUCGUCUCAGUUGUCUUUUUGAGACAAAAGAGACAUUAUUAGGGUAGAGCGGGCCCUCAGAAAGAUCAUAUACCUCAGCUAUUACUCUUGUAAAACAUGCCUAAAGAGGCGAUUGGUCGCCUGUAGCAAGCAUGCUGUACAUGUUGAUGUCAGAUACAGUUUAUGCACAGAACUGAUAUUUUCCAGCCCGAAUCUCUCAUUCUGGCUAAUGAUGCUUUUGUAGGGGGAUUUACUCCUUCGACAUUACAUUUCUCUAUCUUUGUAUGUGUAGCAGUACAUAGCAUUUUGCACAUACUGACUCCAAGCACCAUGAUCACUGCAAAUUACUGAUGUUGUCAUGGUUCUUGGAGUACAUUUUUGAAUGUACUUAAAGGACCAUUAUAGGCACCCAGACCACUUCAGCUUAAUGAAGUGGUCUGGGUGCCAGGUCCAUCUAGGGUUAACCCUUUCUGCUGUAAACAUAGCAGUUUCAGAGAACGAUGGGCUCCGGAUAAAGGCUCAUCAAUAACACUGAGGGAUUUUAUUAGGCUUGAUGCACGCUCCUCCAUAUGGCUUGGGCUAAAGACUCCUACAAUGUUGGGGAAAUCAUACAUAGAUGCAUAUUAUUAUUAUUAUUAUUUUUUUUUUUUCUGGGAAAAGUUUGUCAGGGUUUCAGAAAAUAAAUAUAUUGAGUAAUAUAUUUUCUCAUUAUUGUUUUUCUUUUCCCUUCCUUUAUUCCAUGUGUUAUUUAUAACUAAGUAAGCUUUUACAAUACUGCCAUGCUUCUGGCUGGAUUGUGUCAUAGCACCUAGGCUAGUCUAUCUCUAGAACAGCAGUGUGCCCCAAUAAUUACGGGGGGACCCUUCGGUUCCUUUCCAGGUAAGAUUACAUUCAGUGCUUAGCUCUGCCAUUAAAGCAUGAAAACUGG